GCCUCACAGCUGACUCCCAACAACAUGCUCGUAGUUUAACGACUAAACCGACAUAUUUAUAGUUGUUAGAGGGGUUUGUCGUGUUUGGCCACAUUGAGCUCCUCCAUCUAAAAUGCUCAUGUUACUUCACACUUCUGAAUUGUCGUUAAACGGGUGAUUUCCUCGCUGAACCCGGCCGGUGUUGCUGCUGAUUUAAAAAGAGUCAGCUCGUUGAAAAUGUCUCUUACAGCUGUGCACAGCACCGCGGUGGUCUACAGGAGGAUCCUGUCCCAGUUCCCCCAGGACAUCAGCCUAGCUUUCGCUUAUGGAUCUGGUGUCUUCAAACAGCAAGGGACCAGCCAAGGUCAAAUGGAGAAAAACAUGCUGGACUUUGUGUUGACGGUGGACGACCCAGUGACGUGGCACACCAUGAAUCUGCUGCAGAACCGCAAACACUACUCCAUCCUCAAGCUAUUGGGGCCCAGGAAGAUCAGCUCCAUACAAAAUGAACAUGGGGCGGCAGUAUACUACAACACACUGGUGCCUGUGGAUGGAAGGAUUAUCAAAUACGGUGUGAUUAGUACGGAGUCUCUUAUAGAUGACCUGAUGCACUGGAAGACCCUGUACGUUGCUGGACGCCUUCACAAACCAGUGAAAAUGUUGGUGCAGAGUGAGAAUGGAAAGCUCCGUGCUGCUUUAAUAGCCAACCUGAAGAGCGCUGUGACGGCCUCGUUCCUCAUGUUGCCAGAGAGCUUCACAGAAGAGGACCUUUUCCUGCAGAUAGCUGGCCUCUCUUAUGCCGGGGAUUUCAGGAUGGUGAUUGGAGAAGACAAGUCCAAGGUGGCCAACAUUGUCAAAGACAAUAUCCAGCACUUCAGGAUUCUAUACAGCAACAUCCUGCGGGACUGUCCUCAGGUGGUCUACAAAUCACAGCAAGGAAAACUUGAGGUAGACAAAAGCCCAGAGGGCCAGUUUGUCCAGCUGAUGGCGUUGCCACGCACCCUCCAGCAAAAGAUCACAAAGCUGGUCGACCCUCCGGGGAAGAACCGCGACGUGGAGGAGAUCCUGCUGCAGGUGGCUCAGGACCCAGACUGUGGAGCUGUCGUACAGCAAGGUAUCUCAUCUAUUGUGAAAACCUCCAGCAUAACACAGAGUAUCAAAGGCAUCGCUACAGCUGGUAUGUGGAAGACGGUGUCCUACAGCUCGAAGAAACUGAUGAAGAUGUGGAAGGGCUGGAGGAGGAAACCGUCUGUGUCCCACAUGUCCUGAACCCGUCUGUUCACCGGGAACCUGUCUGUCUUUACCUCUGACAGUCUGACAAUGCACGUCCAUCCUUUUGAUGUUACCCUGAUGAACUGUAGCUGGAGCAGUCGUCCCCUCACCUCUGCCUGUGACACUCCGUAGUCCGUGUGAAUGAGAUCAAUGACUAUGCAUAAGGUGGUCUGAAUAAUUUUGAAAUACCUGUGCUGCUGCCCUUUUGAAUGGGUCAGACUGAAUUAAGGCUGACAUUUCACAGUAAUACAAUCUGGAUGAUGAUGAUGACAAGCGCACAGUGACUGGACUGGAACAGCUGAAUGGACGACCCGACAACACGUAGCUCAAAUAUAAUGGAGACAUAACCGUCUCAUCAGGGUCGAACAUGUGUCAUAUCUGAAACUUUCCUAUGUGAAUGGUGUUUUCCAGAUGACUGAGGUUAUGCAGAACUUUAUAUUUGUGCUGGAAAUGUCAUCAUUGUAUUAAAAAGGAGGGCUCUGAUUGACCGUC